CUUUUUAUUCGCUCAAAAAUUCCGUUGUGGGCAUCCCACGUGCAGCCAGUCGGUGCCAACCUUUCCGAGUGUCCUCGAAGGCCUCACAGCCAGCGCACCGGUGACGUGUGCGUGCGGCUGCUGCUGCGGAUCCGGAGCUCGGAUGCCCUUCCAUCCUCCAGCUCAGGUGCGUGGCGGCCGUGGGGAAGAGCCUCUCGUGGGCUGGCAGAGCAGCAUCAUGCAGAAGAGCUCGGUGGUCGUGGUCGCGGACAAGACGAGCCUGAAGCGGCCGUUCAUCUUUGCCAACGCAGUGCACAUGGCGCUCUGCUUCUUCAUGCUGAGAAUGACGGUGGUUUGGCACAGGGACCUGAUCCAGAAUGGGAAAGUGGUGUCCGGUGUUUCUAUCGUGACCAUGUACGUCAUGGAGGUGGGCUGCCUGCUGCUCUCUGUGAUCGGCGUGUUUGGAGCCUGCAAAGGAAAAAGAUGGUGUUUGAUUCUGUAUGCGGCUGGGAUGGCCGCGGCCAGUCAAACGAUAAUUAUCCGAACUGCUCUGAGUUACCAGGAUGUUUAUGAGAAACGUGUCGUCCGCGAAGAAUCCAAACUACUGGCCAUGAUGCCACUCAGUGCAACAAGCAAAGCCAACAGGACGCUGCUGUACAGCAUUCAAGAGGAGUUUGAAUGCUGUGGUCUUGUAGACGGCUACAAAGACUGGGGCUCCUCCAUCCCUCCCUCCUGUAACUGUCAGUAUCCAGGAAAAUGUAUUCGCCUGAGAGGCAGUGCUACCAUUGGAGCUCCAAAGAACCAAUAUAUUUAUCGAGAGUCUUGCCUGCCAAUUUAUGUUUCUGAGCUGAAGUUAGCGUUCUCCUUGGUGAUGGCGAUACAGUUUGGAAGUGGCAUUUUUUGGAUCAUUUUACUCGUCAUGAGCAUCAAGCUGAUGGGUCAGAUAAAAAGGAAACAGGACUUUCUGGCUUUACUCCAGUCAAACAGAUAUGUACCUGGUGCUUUUUAGUACCACUUUGAAGUAUAUUUUAAUACACUUGAAAAACAAGUAUACCUGGUUUGAACAUGCAUAUGAUGCUCUAUACCAUAACCUGGCUAUUUUGUCCUAAAGCGGUAUAUACUAUGAUUUUAAGUUAAUGCAUGUAAUUAAUGGUCGAAUGUAAUCUACAUGCAUAAAUCAACACCAUAAUACUCUUUUUUAGUAUUACUGCUGUGAAAAAAUAGCCAGUGCAGCAAAUUUGCUCAUGUUUAAACAUUAUAUUGUGUUUAGGUCAAAGUGACCCGUUUUCAAGUGGGAAAACAGGUCAGUUUGAUCUAAACACAAUAUUAGGGUUAAAUGAUGAUUUCCAUAUAUUUUUUUGCUCCUGGGUUGUUUUUGGGUAUAUCUUCUGUCUUCAAUAGGCCCAAAUCCUGUCCAGUUAUUCUUCUUUCUUUCCAUUGUUAUGUCUUACUACACACUUUUUUAUUUUAAUUUAGCAAACUUUUUUCUCAACCUGAAAUGCACGUUCCACUCAACCAUUUAGGAACAACUGCGCCACUUGGAUUGGAGAAAAAUUCUAAAAGGCCCAAAUUGUAAUAAUGCCAAGCAAAUUUAGGAAGUGCAGGGUGAGACACACUACUCCAUGGUUUCAACCUUGUGUAAGAUGCAAAAUUACCUUAAUUUUGCUUUUUUUCCACCCAAGCAAAGACCUUUUAACCCCCUUUGCUUCUAUCUAUUUUUUGUUCUUAUAGACCAAUUAGUCAUCUGGAGGCAGUAAAUGUUGAAGUUGAAUGUAUUUUAUCAGGAAAAAAUGUAACAAACUUAUUGUAAAAUAAAUUGUGGAAUAUUUGACCACAAGGGGGCACUGCAAUAAGCUAAAAAUAGUUUGCUUAAGUACUUCAUUGGGUCUGUCCGAAUUACCACCCCUACCCCUAUAUAGUGCACUAUAUAGUGCGUUCGGCAUUUUGUAGUGUUGUCCAAUUCUACAAUUUAAAAAAUCCAGUGCCCUGGAAAUUUCCUAGAAGUCUCUGUGAAAAACCAAUGUGCGUCGAUGCUCACUAGAUCGGCGAAUAUAGACCACAUUGCAUUGCGUCUGAACAUUUUUUUAACCAAAAAAAUGUAUUAAAAUGUAUUGUUUUAAUAAACCAUCAACGUUUUGAUCUUCAGAAAAGUGUGGACUCAUAAAUAAUCGUCACAAAACGCAAAUUUUAAUUAGAUUUUGACUUUGUGAAAUCGUUGCCGUCACAUCCGCCGUUAACAAAAAAAUAGUUGUGAGCACGGUGUCCGAAUUGCUUUUUAAAUUCAAGGCACCACAGAGUGCCGCACUAUAUAGUUUUUUAAUAGUUAUGGGUUAGGGUGGGAAUUCGGACACAACCAUUGUCUUUGUAGACAUCAGCAUGAAUUCUGCGAGUUGAUAUGAAAAUAUGAAGGAUUUUACUCCUUAAGCUUUUUCAGAAAUCUACCAAAGUGACGUUACUUUGCACUGGAAAACUGCUUUAUUCAUUAUAUUAUUUUCCUGUGAUAUUUUUCAUUUAUAUUUGCACUUCAUGUAAAGACUGUUUUUGUUUCACUGUACUUAAAGAGACCCCUUCCAAGUGUUCGGAGCUGGCUGCAGAUACUCCAACACCACUUUUCCUGCUGCUGUUUGUGGUUAGGUCCUGUCAAACUUUCAACAACCAUGGAAAAACAAAAGUUUGCAAUCUGUAGAUUUUAUUACAUUUUGCUUCCUCUGCCCUCCACAUGUUUGCACGCACAAACCCUACAUCAUAAAUUGGGUGUAGAUGGUUGUGUAUAGGAUUAAGAUCAAAAUACAGGAUUUUCUGCACUAUAAGGUGUAUGAGAUUAUAAGGUGCAUCAAGUGAAACAAAAGAGUCCAAGAUAAAUUUGUCAGCCAAACUUUUUUGACCACGUUAACAGUAAUUCCAGACCUCCUUUGUAGCAUGUAGCCACAUUAAAGGCAUUAGCCAUGCUAGCGUGUUCACUAAACCCAUCAACUCCCAACCUUGUUAGUAACACUUAAAAAAAUGGACAGUCUGACAGCGCUACAUGUAAGCGCAUUAGCGUAUUCAUGAUAACACCCAACCAUGAGCGCCAUUUGCUUCUUGAAAUCGCUUCGACAUCGCUCCGGAUUUUGAGGCACACUGUCAUUUUUGAAGAAAACGAAGGCUUUUAAGUGUGCCUUAUAGCGCAGAAAACACGUUAUUCAGGAAGUUUGGACACUUCCAAGCUUUUUAUGUCAAAUUAGUGAACCCUUUAAAUUAGUUUUAAUAUGGAAACCAGAAAUUGUAAAAUUAAGAGAUUUCUUUUGGGGGAUGAUCUGGGCUCAGCUAUUUUUAAAUGUAUCAGCACCGCGAUUAUUACUCCUUUAAAGAUAGUAAUAAUUAUUAUCCUUAAUGUAGCAUAUUUCUCUUAUACUGUUUACAAUUUUACUGGAAUAUAAUCAUAAACCAAUGUAUUUUCAUGAAUAUUCAGGUUAUACAAAGGAAGGAGUCACAUGUCUCCUUGUGACACCAAAACGUUUAGCCCUUUCCGUAAGCACAUCGUAUAAAUAAAUAUACAUUUUCAUUUUCUUUAUUUUGAUGAAGUCGCUGUUUCUUUUGCUGCACAUUAGUAGACAUGCAGUCAAUAUCAUCGUGUUUUAAUCCAAGGUUUGGGGGAGAUGUUGGCAGGGCCGCAGCAGAGGGGUCACUGAGUCUCCCAGAAAGCAAGUCAACGCCGUUUUAGCCGAGACCCAGAACCCCCCCCAGCUGACGCCGCUCUCACCACGGAAGCCUUUAAGCCCCUUUACCUGCGUUAGAACUUGCUGCAUGCGCUUCCCGCCGUGGAAAUCUCUCCUUGACUGAUGCAACGUCAAAUGAGUUUCAUCCAGAAAAGCAGAUCCAGUGUCUACUUGUGCACUUUCACCAUUAUUGCCUGAUAUCUGUCUGUUGUGAUGAAGUGUUCUUUUAUUUGUCAUCCACGCCUUCUUUUUUUAAAUCUGUUAUACAAUAUGAGUGGAAACUCAUUGUAUAUGUGUAAAUAGCAAAAAUAAAGUGUGACUCGUAU